UUCAGAUAACAUUCCUCUUUACUUUUUUUCCCAUAUUCUUUAUCAAAGUUAUCAUCUCGUUUUUUCUGGGUUUUCUUUUGUCAGGAGUGAUGCAUAUCAAAUCGAAAAAAGACUUGAAGUUGGAGGAAAAAAGCCCACUCAGCGUGGCAACGGUUGAAGAAGCUCUGACAGCGACAGGUUUCGGGAAAUAUAACUUCGGCCUCCUGUUAAUAUGCAGUUGGACCCUACAGGCGAUGGGCAUGGACCUAUUCGGCACCAGCUUCGUGGUGGCAGCCGCCGUCUGUGAUCUCGAGUUAUCACUGCAGCAAAGGGCGCUUCUGACAGCCACACCAUUAGUGGGUGUGGUCUUGGGUGCCCAAUUGUGGGGCUACGUGUCCGACACUAAGGGUCGCCGCCUCACACUCGUGCUGUCCAUGGCAGUCGGCUUCGUGUUCGCCGCGCUCAGCAGCUUCGCACCUGACUGGAAGAGUAUGGCUUUUAUGAAACUCAUUUCGUCUACUUUCACAUCUGCCAGUAAUUCCGGCGCAUACACCUUACUUGGUGAGAGUUGCCCUGAGAGGUCCCGUGGACGUAGUAUGUUGCUUUGCACCUGCUCUCUUAUGUGCUCACAGGCUGUAGUCGCUGUUUUCGCCUAUCCAAUCCUCCCGAUGAAGUUCUCUUACUGGAUUGACUUCCUCGGAAUCUACUACAGACCUUGGAGGCUACUUGCUUUCGUUAUGGCACUCCCAUGUGCAGCCACCGCUUGUUUGCUACAAUUCUUUGAGGAAAGCCCUAAAUUUCUGGUGUCAAGAGGUCAACCGGAUCGAGCGUUGAAUGUGCUGCAAAGAAUCUAUGCUUGUAACACGGGGCACAAAGCUGACCAAUUUCCCGUAAAGAAACUUAUGCAAGAACAGGAAAUUGCAACCACACUGACUGAGACUGACUCUUUCUUCUCCGCACUUUGGCAGCAGACAACAGCUCUGUUUCGUCGUCCACUACUAAAAGACACUCUGAAACUAUUCUAUAUCGUAACUGUAAUCUACAUGACUGGCAGUGGCUUCAUCCUCUGGCUGCCUUAUAUUAUGAACAAUCUCUUUUCGGUGUUGGAGACAGGAGAAGGCUCAGGAAUGAAUCUCUGCACAGUCAUCCGAUACUCAACUGACACUUUUGCAAAUGCGGCAAAUAACAACACAAUCCAAGAAGUUUGUAAUGAUACAAUACAGCCAACUACCCUUAUCUCUGCGAUGUCGUAUGGUGCCUUAGCAAGUUUAUCUAACCUGGUUUUGUCACUAACGUGUGGCUCCAGGAAGCGAUUAGCUAUGAUGGGAAUUGUAUUGCUAUCUGCAAUAUCAGCUGUUCUAUUAAAUGUGGUCCCUAUCCCGAUUGCUGGGGGCGUAUUCUUUUUCCUGUUCCUACUCUGUGCGCUGUCCAUGGGCAUCUUAAGCGUAUACUUUGUGGAACUUUAUCCCACAUCGCUAAGAGGAAUGGCGUCAUGUCUAUCAGUGAUGCUGGGCAGAUCAAGCGCCUUCCUUGGAGUCAACGCUAUUGGAUACCUCAUAUCAGCCAAUUGUGAAGCAACAUUUUAUGGCUGGGCCAUUCUACUUUUAAGUGCCAUUGUCGUUACCUGGUUCUUGCCAAGCGAUAAACAGCCACGGCAAUAAGUCGGAUUUUUGUUGCACGAGAACUCUGAAUUACGGGAAAUUAUUGAAACGAAGGUGCUGAAAUUACGUGCCCUCAAACUAAAGAUGGGAAGUAUGUCCAGGAGGGCCUUCUGGACUUUGAAUUUUGAUUUGUUAACGUUUAGUAGUUAGUAGUAGUUGUUUGAACUAGAGCAGUGAAAAAGGCACAAGAUGUGAUGUACCUGAUAGUACCUGAUUUCUUUAUCUACGUACUGUGUUUGUGGCUUUCGUAAACUAGUUAACUUUGUUAGGCUCUAAAAAUAUUAAUAUUAAAAACAUCAUAUUAAAAAGAAUAUUUUCCCAAGUAAAUAAUAAAAACUUGCCUCGUUUAAAAAGAGAGGUUUUACGAAUAUUUAAACUAAUUUAAGUGAUUUUAAGUUAUUGUAGUUAUAACAUGAGACUGUUUAUAAUUUAAAAAUAAAAAUAAGUGUAUAAUUUA